CGACAUCAUUUUCUGGUUACGCCUGAACAGUCUUCCACAAUACGGUGUCGUCCUAAUGCUUCUCCCUCUCCGAUCUCAGACAUCUCCUCCUUUCAUCAUCGCUUCAAAGGGUUGUGAUUAAUCAUUCCGACAAGAAAAAAAAAAAGACAAAGAUUGCAUCUUUGUAAUAAAAAGAGAUCCGAAAAUGUUGAACAAGAUCAUGAAACUGGGCGGGAAGAAAUUCAGCAAAUCAGAUCAAGACAACACCUCCGGCGUCAACACCGUCGUCCGCAGCAGCCGCCCCACAACCGCCGCCGCGCCUCCAUCGUCAACCGGCGAAUCACAAUCCGCCGCUCCGUCGCCUUCGCAGACACCAAACCACCCAAUGUUCACAGCACCACCUUCCCUCGAAGUGCUUCCACUGCUAAAAGACGUCUCCUCCUCGGAUCGUCCUCUCCUCUUCAUGAAGAAGGCUCACAUGUGCUCUUGCCAAUGCGACUUCUCAGACUCACUGAUCAUGCCGCGCGAGAAAGAGAUCAAGAGGCAGACGCUUCUCGAGCUCGUCGACUUCCUCCACUCCUCCUCAGGCAAAGUGAACGAGACGAUGCAGAGCGAGCUUAUACGCAUGGUCUCGGCGAACAUGUUCAGGUGUCUCCCGCCCGCGCAUUACGAGAACACCGGAGCUCCUCCUGAAGGUAACGAUCCCGAGGAGGAGGAGCCUUAUCUUGAGCCAUGGUGGCCUCAUCUGCAGCUUGUUUACGAGCUUCUCCUGCGUUACGUUGUGUCUUCCGAGAUAGAGCCCAAGACUGCUAAGAAGUUCAUCAACCACACCUUUGUCUCGAGGCUGCUCGAUCUGUUCGACUCCGAGGAUCCUAGGGAGAGGGAGUACUUGAAAACUGUCCUUCACAGGAUCUACGGGAAGUUCAUCUUCCACCGUCCUUUCAUCAGGUGCUCCAUUUACAACAUCUUCUACAAGUACUUGUAUGAGACUGAGAGGUGUGUUGGAAUCGGAGAGUUGCUGGAGAUUCUCGGGAGUGUGAUCAAUGGGUUCACAGUACCGAUGAGAGAGGAGCAUGUACUGUAUCUUGUGAAGGCCAUUUUGCCGCUGCACAAGUCGAAAGGCAUCUCCAUUUUCCACCAGCAGUUGUCGUAUUGCGUGGUGCAGUUUGUGGAGAAAGAUUACAAGUUGGCUGAUACUGUGAUCCGUGGGCUGUUGAAGUACUGGCCGCUUACGAAUUGUAAUAAGGAGGUUCUGUUCUUGGGAGAGCUUGAAGAGGUUUUGGAUGUUACAGAGCCUUCAGAGUUUCAGCAUUGUGUUGUUCCUCUUUUUAGACAGAUUGGGAAGUGUCUUAACAGCGCAAACUUCCAGGUUGCAGAGAGAGCUCUUUUCUUGUGGAACAAUGAGCAUAUCGUAGGCUUGAUUGCUGAGAACAAAGAUAUGAUCUUUCCGAUAAUCUUUGAAGCGUUGGAGAGGAACAUGAAAGGACAUUGGAACCAAGCGGUGCAUGGUUUGUCUGAGAACGUUAGGAGAAUGUUUAUGGAGAUGGACAAUGAGCUGUUUGAAGAGUGCGAGAAGCGACAUCUGGAGAACGAAGCUAAGGCUUGUGAGUUGUUGGAACAAAGAGAGAUGACAUGGAAGAGACUUGAAGAGGCUGCUUCUUUAGCUGCAAACUGAAAGGACCAUCUGAUGAUGAAUUUUAGCUAUUCUUCCUUGAGUAUUUUUUUUUUCCUGUAGAAACUCUCUAAUAAUUUGUUUGUUCUUUGAUUCUUUUAGUUUUGUUCUCUUGUAAAAUGGCGACCAGGAAUAUGAAUCCACAUGUCGCUGAUCAGAUUAUGUCAUAGAAGAUAAGUUUAGUGCUGUUUAUUUCAGCUUCUC